AGCUGCGGAGCUGCGGAGGCUGCAUCGGCGAAGCUGCUGGCAGUUUAAACACAACACACGGGCACACAGUCGCCGCGGACGGGGCCACCGUGUAGGGAGGGCACUACCGUAGGAGCGGGGCGAGGUUAAUCUCCGAACCGGCGGACAACUUCAUUUAUUAUUUUCCCUCAAAACGAGAAGCCCGAGCCGAGUGAGGAGCCACGAAAACAAGUCAUGAACGGGGAUAUUGUAUGCAAUUCAGUCACUGUCUUAAGCUGCACCAAGUCCACAUCACCAGGUCAGCAUGAAAACAUGAUCAAGCUGACACAGGAGGGGAGGUGCCCUGCAAUAAGCUCCCAGCAAAAUGAUGCUCAGUGGCAGGGAGAAGGUAGGAGAACAAAUACCAUCAGCACUACACCAAAAGCCUCGAAGAGCCAGUGUUCACCCUGCUGGUCAGAUGAACAGCCGUCACCUCCGCAGCUCUACUGCUCUCAGACCUGCCUUCGUUCCCCUGCUGAACCCUCCCUGCCUCUCAGUAACAGCCUGUGUCACAGUCUUCUCCUCACUGACAACAGCGGCGCUCUCCACAGCCACCAGAGGAGAGGAGUCCGCCACCAGAGGAGAGCGACCCGCCCCAAGGUCGAAGGAAAGAAACCACCUCGAAGAAUUGCAGCCGGGAAAAACUCCCAAAACCGAAAAGUUACUGACUACUACCCAAUAAGACGAAGCUCAAGAAAAAGUAAAACAGAGCUGAAGUGUGAACAAAAGAAGCUCAUAGACGAUCUCAUCACAAAGGGAAUAGAGGAAGGAAUGGAGGUGCAGCAUAUAGAAGGAAAGGGGAGAGCAGUUUUUGCCACUCGGUGUUUCCAGAAAGGCGAGUAUGUGGUGGAGUACCACGGAGACCUGCUGCAGAUCACCGACGCCAAAAAGAGGGAGGCCGAAUACGCUCAAAACCCUGCCACUGGCUGCUACAUGUACUACUUCCAGUACCUCUGCAAAACAUACUGCGUUGAUGCUACGAAAGAGACUGGUCGAAUGGGUAGGUUGAUAAAUCACAGUAAAAACGGAAACUGCCAAACCAAACUCCACGACAUCAACGGUGUCCCUCACCUCAUCCUCGUCGCCUCUCGAGACAUUGACGAGGGCGAGGAGUUGCUCUAUGACUACGGAGACCGCAGUAAAGCCUCCAUCGCAGCUCACCCAUGGCUCAAAUACUGAUUGAGGGGACCUCCAAAAAAAAAAAGAAAAAAAAAAAAAGAGAAGGGAAACAUACAGUAACACUUGUGUUUCUCAUUUGCUAGUGUACAAAAUGCCUUAGAAACAGAAUGUGUACCCUUUUUGUUCCAGUAUUAACGGCGCUGGAUGGGUUUAGUAACUGUUAACGGGGCUGAUGGGGGUUGAUCGGGUACUUAUCACAUUUCAAUUGAGGUCCAUCUGCCUUGUCAGAUGACAUCUGUACUUUUAUUUAUAUGUGUAUAUGAAACAUUCUGGUUGUUUUGCAGCACAUUUAUUUUGUACAUUUUGUAUUACCUAUAGACCAGUGCUUCUACAGCAUGCAGGUGGUAGUUAAUGCUCUGCAUUUUUAUACUGCUUUUUCUUAAUUAGUGGUUAGAUACUUAGCAAUACUUCUAUUUAUGGCCCCAGAGCCCUUUUGGAUCAGCAAGAAUUAUCAGAUGCAAAUUACAAACCCUUUUUAAAAACGUAUUCUGUCAGAGUGGAAUUUAAUUUCAGCCAUUAAAACUCACACAGUCCACCAUUGUUUAGUGGGAGUGUAAUAGUUUACCACGCUCACGGUUCAGUUGGAAUUUCGGGUGUUUGGCACUAGAUUAUACUUUUUCUUUUUUUAUUAUUAUACUUUUUUAUGGCGUUCAUCAUACAGACUGACAAGAUCACACAGGGACACAGAACCUACUCAAAUGUACUGUUUUCAUGCCUUUAGUCUUUAACACGUAUAGUAUUUUUUAAUAUUGAAGAUGCAAAUAAUAUUUGAAUCAUGUCGUAAAUGUUCAAAUAAUUCACACAACUGCAGUUAAUUUUCUUUUCUUUCUUUAAAUGUUUAUGAAAGUUGAUUAUAAAGCAGUGAGUGAUACGACUGAUUCAAACAGACUCAAGAAUUUAAAAGAUGGUUUGAAUUUCUACAUCCUACACCGGCUCACAUGAUUUAUCUCGUCAGUGUUUUCAGCGGUCAGGUCUCCCUCUUAAUUUCACUUGCAUUUAAAUUCUUCACCUGGUGACACUGUCUAUACUACUGCACUAUGUAAAUAUAUUUAUUAGCUUGCUGUUGCAAAGUCAGGGCUGGUUUAAAGGAAUAGUUUGACAUUUUGGGGAAACAUGUUUUAGCUGCAUUUUUAAUUCCCAUUUAGGAGAAUUCGACAGUUAACUUAUUUAAAGUUCAUUCUAACAUACUAAUGGUCUUAAUUGUGGUCAUUAUUGUGUUUGUUUCUAUGGCGCUGGGGAGGAGUUAAUUAAUUCCCGUUGCGUUCUGUGGCUGGUUUACUUUGACUCCAAAUCCUCCAGUCGUCCGUUUGGUCAAACACAAAACCACCGACCAACAAAACGCACAUUUAAACGUAAAAAGUCUUCUCCUAUAUGAACUGUCUUUUACCACAAAGCUAUGACCAAAAAUGAAUAUGAACAGGAAAAAUACACUCAGUGUUCACUUUAUUAGGUACACCUGUAAUCUCAACAACAGCUCAGCUAUAAAUUCUACCUUUACAAAGGUAAAUGUUCAGGUUUUGUCGAUACUGUCAGAGACAUGUUAGUUUAACUGUGUUUGUUAUUGAGGUUGUAGUUUGCAGUGUUGAGAGGACAUUAUAUCAAGAGGUACAUUUCCACACCACUGCAAACUACAACCUUUUAUAAUAAACAUACAUUUGAAUUUUCACCUUUCUGACAGAAUCGACAAACACCGAGCAUUACAAUCUACAAAUGUAGAAUUUAUUUUUGCCCUAUUUUGAGAAAUUAAAGAUCAAAACAAGUGAAUCCAAUAGUAAACGUAGAUGUACCUAAUACAGGAGCCAGGGAGUGCAGUUUCAGCCUCAAGGUUACAAGCUAAAGUGUCUUAUUGUUGUUAUUGUAGUUGUUGGGGGGAGGGGCAGGUCAGUGGAUUGUAGCCUAGCUUGUUUUUCAGGGGAAACGACUCAAAUGGUCCAAAAGUAAAAAGCAUCCAGUCUGGCUGGUAGGCAGAUUUUGUUACUUUAGGACAGGCUAGCUGUUUUCCCACCUGUUCCCAGUCUUUAUGCUAAGCUAAGCUAAGUAUUUCCCAAAAUGUCAACAGGCUAAAGCAUCUGCUGGACCAACCACAUGUGAGCAGUACAUGUAUACUUCACAUAAAUUUCAUAUUUCUACACAUGUAAACAAAACAUCAGUGUCUGCAACCCACGGGUUUGAUGAACCGUUACACUCCCGCUGUACAUCCUAGAUGUUUGCAGAUUUUUCUACACAUCAGUUCCUCUUGCGCACAAAGUUGUCACGUCGUUCACAACCAGAUAUUCCAUGUGAGAAGUGUUUAACAGCUGAACUGCCAACAGGUCAUUUUUCUACUUUAUAUUUUAGUAGCUUUUUCAAAUCUGUUUUUUCUAUAUGAGUUGUAGCCGAAAGGUCCAAGAGUUCUGGCACUGCUCCAGUCACACACUUAAAAUGGUUUUUUUCCUGUUUUAUCUUUUCAAAUGACUUGAUUUUUGUUUGAUUUAGUUACACAGAGACAAAUUUAACGGUUUUUAAGAUAAUUGUUAAGAAGCGUGUUCAGUAUGUAGAUACUCGGUUUGACAUAAAUCACACUGGUACUUCAUAUAUCAAAUUUAAAUUACAUAAGUAAUGAUAUUUUUGACUACUUGAUUUAUAUUUAAUCUAUUAAAUGUCCAAAAAUAGUGAAAAAAAUGCCCAUCACCACUUCUCAAAGAUCAAGGUAACAACCUCAGAUGUCUCGCUGUGUCCGACCAACAGUCCAAAACUUAAAUAUAUUCAGUUUACAAUGAUAUAAAACACAGAAAAGACACAUUUGAGGGGCUGGAACUAAUGAAUGUUUGAUAUUUUUCUCUAUUUUUGCUUGAAAAAUCAUUGAAACGAUCAAUUAAUGAUCAAAGCUAAUUGUUUCAACCCUAAUAAUACAGAAUCUUAUUGUCAUUUACAGUAUUUUACCUUGAAUAAUCUUUGGUCAGACUAAGUAUAAAUGAUUGUACCAAAGAAAAAUGGCCACAUGCAGUUCAGCAGUUGUGAUUUUGAUCCUUGCUAGGCAACACAUUGGACAGGUAACAGUAGAAUCCUCUUCUAUUUUGUCACCUGGAAGCGUUCUUAAAAAUAACAACGGUGAUAUUUUUACAUUUUUAUCACUGUCAGCAAAUCAAAUGAAAAGACCCAAAUCAACAAUGUGUUUGUUAGUCUGUUUAUAAAUACUUUGACUUCUCUAAAACUUCCUAAAACAUUAGAGAGUCCCCAAUUGGUGGGGACUAUUUUCAGCGGCGGAUUAAUCUACGUUUAGCGCUGUAGUGAGUAUUUGUUGCAGCAGGACAGGUGUGUG